AUGUCGCAAGAGAAAGAAUUUUAUAGUAAAGUGUGUGUUGCUGGAAGCAUCAAAUUUAUCGUCGGCGAAGCAACUGAAGAAAACAUUCAACUGUCGGACCUUGACAAAUUUUCUUGUAAUCUAGCGACAAUACUAGCAAGAGACAAAGAAGUGGUGGCAGUGAACUUGAAAAUUUUACCCAACAAAUGCAAAGUUUACAUCGCUAAGAACAAUGCUUGGAAUGUUGAAGAUCUUGAGUAUCUCAACAAAGUUAAAGAAACCCUGAUAAAUGUGUCUAAAGAUGCUCCCAUGACGUUCAAACAGGCACUUAAUAGAAAUGAUAUGAGAGAUCUAUAUUUUGCUAUAAUGAAGUACUGUUCUAAAAAGCUCGAACAUAGAUUGAACAAACUUAGGAAUGAUAUGGCCAAUAAAGAAGGCAAGAUAGACGAUGAAUAUAUUCAGUCUUUCUUAGAUCAUGCUAAAAACAAAAAAAUCAACGCCGAUGAUAUAUAUAACGAUAAGAAAAAAUCCGCUAUAUCUAGGUUUUGUGGCGAGUAUUAUCAUACAGCAAAAGAUGAUCCUACAUUUCCGAAAAAAUUUCUAGGACAUAUUAAAAAGGUGGGAUCUUAUAUUGGGUCUUUGAUGGAUAUCACAAAUUGUGUAUUGAAAGAUAGGUACAAAACCUUAUUUUCUAGUAUAGAUAUGAAUCUAUUGGAUCCUAUUCAUGCCAAUCAACCCAUAUAUUCAUGGAAAGAUGUUGUCCAAAAAUUCUUUCAUGCUCAAGAAAAAGGAUAUGAAAAUUUCAAGAAAACACGUUUGAAAGAUUAUGUGAUAAGGAAUAGACUGGAAGAGAUAUAUGGUGGCGUAGAUAAGCAACUGGAGCGUGAAAAUGUUAGUCACAUAUAUUUACACGCAGAAUUGAAUGUAUUGACCAACAUAAUGAAUCAUGACAAGGAAAGAAAAUUUAUAGCAGUUUCCAAGAGAUGCUGUUAUUUAUGUGAAUCGUAUAUCAGAUUUGCACAAUCCAAAGGACAUAAUAUUGCCUUCUCUGGAUCACACAAGAAAUUGUAUCAUGGAUGGAAACUUCCAGAUGCCUUCAAGAAAGAAUUUAUGUCAGAUGCUCUAUUUGAUCUUGAUCAGAUCAUAGAGCGUGAAAUAGAACGUCAUGUUAGUAUAAGUACUAAGUCUGAUAGUGGUGCAGAAAGCGGAUCUGAUAAUCUAAAUUAUGAUGAUUUCGAAUUUGUUGAUGCUUUCGAAUUUUAA